UCCAUGUAUUAAUCACUUGGUUCUUUUUUUUUUUUUUGCCAGUACUGUUUGAAUUCUGGACCUUGCUCUCUCCCUUAGCUUUUUUUCUUAAGGCCAGUACACUACAAUUUAAGCCACUCCUCCAUUUCUGGCUUCUUGCUGGUUAAUUGGAGAUAAGCAUCUCUUGAGUAGCUAGGUUUGCAAGUCUAGCUACUGGUACUGGGCUCCUCUAAUAACUUUGUUUCAUAUUGUUCCUGGGAGUUUCCUGGAGGGAGGGUGUAGUUUGGUAAUUUAUUUUCCCAGAUUCUUUUAAUCUGACACUUGAACAAAAUGAAACAAACCUUUAGAAAUUUAUUAUAGGAACUAUUGUUUUAACCAACACAAAAAAUAGAUGUUCAGAAAAGUAAAUACAUUCUUAUUCAAGCACUAAAAAUUUACCAGCUAAUAGCAGAGUGGUAAACCCAUGUAUUUUGAUUCUGGAUUUAACGUUCUUCAAUAUUCUUUAUAAUUUUGAAUCCUGAUAUUGGCAAAACAGUCUGAAGAAAUGUCUGCUGUCAUCCCUGCUGUGUCUUAAGGUUUCUCUUGAAGUCAGAGGUGGAGCCACAAGGAUUGAGAGUACAUUUGGAAAUUUGCUGUCUGUGGUACAUUUUUUUCUAAUGAAGUUCUGGGGGGGGGGGGGUCCUAGGCGUCAACUGUUAGCUUCACUGGAUAGAGUGCCGCAAUUGUCCUGCAUCUGCACUGCUAGCCAAACUCACUGUUGUUUCCCAGACAGCAGCAACCUGCCUUCCUGUGCCACUCGCCUUCGCCUUGUUACACUUUGAAAGUUCACCUUGUUGUUGCUGCUUGAUUUUCCUCACCAGUACUUUGUUCAUUUCUGCUCCUGUAUGCUGACACUAAUGCUGCCCUCUGGCUGUUGCUUUAUUCUGCAGAAGGAGAAUCGAAGAUUACAGGAGGCCAGCAUGAGGCUGGAACAAGAGAAUGAUGACCUCGCUCACGAGCUGGUAACCAGCAAAAUUGCUCUGCGGAAUGACUUAGAUCAGGCAGAAGACAAGGCAGAUGUGCUGAAUAAAGAGCUCCUCCUGACCAAGCAGAGACUGGUGGAGACUGAGGAGGAGAAGAGAAAGCAAGAGGAAGAGACUGCCCAGCUAAAAGAAGUCUUCAGGAAGCAGCUAGAGAAGGCAGAAUAUGAAAUAAAGAAGACAACAGCUAUUAUUGCUGAGUAUAAACAGAUCUGUUCCCAGCUAAGUACUAGGCUAGAGAAACAGCAAGCAGCCAGCAAAGAGGAGCUGGAGGUUGUAAAGGGUAAAAUGAUGGCAUGCAAACACUGCAGUGACAUCUUCAGCAAGGAGGGUGCUUUGAAGCCAGCAGCUGUAAGUGGCGAGGAGCAGGGGAUGGAAGCAGAUGAUGAAAAGGACUCACUCAAGAAGCAGCUGCGGGAGAUGGAGCUGGAACUGGCACAAACCAAACUGCAGUUGGUGGAAGCCAAGUGCAAGAUCCAGGAACUUGAACAUCAGAGAGGAGCCCUUAUGAAUGAAAUUCAAGCUGCAAAAAACUCUUGGUUUAGCAAAACCCUGAACUCUAUCAAAACAGCCACAGGCACCCAGCCCCUGCAGCCAGCGCCGCAGGCUGCCACCCCGCCACCCAAGGAGAGCUCAUAGCUCCAGCCCCAGCCAGCACAGAGCACAGCCAUCACACAGCGGAAACCCAGGGAAAUCCUUCCUGGUGUCCUUUUGAAGGAACGUAAAGAAGGCCAGAAAGCAAGCCAGAAUCUUUCAGUAGCUCUCUUUCAUAUAUGACACUUUUCAAAGGGGUUAUUUAAGUUGAUCUGAUUUACGUUGAAUACUUACUUUACAGCUUCUUUGUGGAAGGCCAUGUUCAGAUUCAUCAUAGUAUUACACAUUAUUUUAUAUGCCUGAUGUUCAGUCAGAAAUAAGUAAUUCAGCGCUAAAUACUUUCUAUUUAGACAUCAUUACUAAUAACAAGUUUAUCUUACAUAAAAACGGAGGCAUCUAUUAAUAAUUGCAAAGUUGAAGUGACAGGAAGACCUCUGUCACAGGAAAAAGAAAAAGAAAGGCAAGCCUGAGCCUGUACCGUUUCAGGAUGCAUCUAUUCUUAUAAAGCACAUUAUGGAGCUGGCCAUGAUCACUGUCAAGAUUCAUCUUGAAGAUGGUCCCCAGGAUAGUGAUUCUCCUGUCCCAAGGAAAAGUCAGACCCAGGCACUGGAAAGUUCCCAAAGAUAAUUGGUUCAUUUUAAUUUUAUGUUGAGUUCAUCUGGAAAUGAAGUGCCAAGAACUGUGAAUAGCGGGGCUGGUGAGGGUCUGGAAGCAAGAUUUUGAUGAACGUAAGACAAAACCGUGUUGGCUCUGGUGUUGUAGUUCCAUUCAGAAACCUUACAUGGGACUUGUAAGCUCCUAGUAGGCCUAGGUGAGAACACAGAUGUAACUUCUGGCAAAUAUAAAGGCUAUGGGGGACGUUGUGAGUUACAUACUUAGGGAACCUUGCCCAGACAUGUCUAGAAUGGGUCAGAUUCAGUUGUUAUGCUCAGGCUGGAAGACAGAAACAGUGACCAAUUAUUGGAUGUGGACAGACUUGCUAAGAAGACAUGAAUGCUCUGUAACUUCAUUUAAGAACAUAGUAUGGGAAUGGAAACUGAGGUCAGUUUUACAUCAUCAUAGCCAACAUUAGAAAACAUUUCCUGAUUUCUGUACCUCCCUAAAAAAAUGUACCCUGGGUACCUGUAGAAGAAGAUACAGAAAAUAGAUUUGUAACAUUUUUGACUAAAUGUAGAACCUCUAUAGAAAUACUUAUGAAAAAAUAAGGCUGCUGUUCAAAAUUUGUUGGAAAUAUUUUUAAAUUAUAUUUGACAUGCCUAUAUAAUAAUUUCUCCAUUUUCUAAGCUGUUUUGGAGAGCUCUAUUCCAUUCACACCAACCGAAUUGUGUACAGUAACACUUAUGGAUAUUCAUUCUUAGCUUCAUUGUUUGCAAAACCAUAUUGUUUGCAAAGGAUCUGAAACUGAGUGCUAGAGAGCUUCUCCUUUGUGCCAUAAGUCACAUGAUAUGUAACCUUCUUAGACAGAGUCAAGUAAGAGUUUUCUCCGAUCCAGGAGUAUGUACUACAAGUUGCUUAUGAUAGAUCCUACAAUGAUCUUUAUGUUCUCAGAGUGAAAUCCUGUUCAUCUGUGUUAUUUCAUCUCCAGUCCAUAAGACUGAUAAAGUUAUUUGAUCUAUGUUAUUUGUCCAAUAAUACUUUCCCUGUAGAUUUUGUUGUUCAGAUACCUCUCAUCAUGAGAUUCAUUUCCUUUUACUGAAAGGGAAAAUAACCUAGCAUUCCAAGUGUCGUUGUUGACUUUAACAUUCCCUACAUAGUGGUUUAGAUAAGCUAAUAUUUUUUGUAAAAUAUUAUAGCUAGAAAAUUACACCUUGUUUCUGUAAGUUGUAUAGUAUAGUCUGUUAGCUUUCCUAGUUCUUUAUGCUUUGAUUCCAAGAAGCCCUGUGCAAGUUACCUUUUCAGAUGGCAAGCUAAACUAAAGAUGCAUUCCUGUGUUAUGAACUUUAGAGAAUCAUACAAGAUCUUUUUAACUUCUGAAAAUAAAUGUAUUCCACACAA